AUGGGCAACGGGAAGGAUGGAGCAGAGCCUAAGGAGAGCCGGAAGAUGAAAAGUGAACAUGACCAAAGCACAGAAGAACCUCUGCCCGGGUGCCUGAACUCUGAUCCCGACACAGCAUGGAAAAUGUACCUGGCCCACUCUUUUUCUCAGGUUUGCCCUGGUUCUUUGGUAUAUGUCAAGAACACCAGAAUUUCAGAACUUGGACCACAUGGCAUUCAGAAUUGUCACAUCAGUGUCAGGAGACAUUUGACAGAGCCAAUGCUUUCAGUGCUGCUGCGUGUGGGCCGUUGGAAGUUGGGCGGCACCGACGAGGAUGCCAUCAUCAGUGUGCUCGCCUACCGCAACACGGCCCAGCGCCAGGAAAUCAGGACGGCCUACAAAACCACCAUCGGCAGGGACCUGAUAGAUGACUUGAAGUCCGAACUGACUGGCAAGUUUGAGCGUGUGAUCGUGGGGAUGAUGACGCCCACCGUGCUGUACGAUGUGGAGGAGCUGCGAAGGGCUAUGAAGGGGGCUGGCACGGAUGAGGGCUGCCUGAUCGAGAUCCUGGCCUCCCGGACACCUGAGGAGAUCCGGCGCAUCAACGAGACCUACCAGCUGCAAUACGGGAGGAGCCUGGAAGAUGACAUUCGCUCUGACACGUCCUUCAUGUUCCAGCGGGUCCUGGUGUCUCUGUCCGCGGGUGGCAGGGAUGAGAGCAAUUUCCUGGAUGAUGAUCUCAUGAGGCAGGAUGCCCAGGAGCUGUAUGAGGCUGGAGAGAAGAAAUGGGGGACAGACGAGGUGAAAUUUCUAACUGUUCUCUGUUCCCGGAAUCGAAAUCAUCUGUUGCAUGUAUUUGAUGAAUACAAAAGGAUAUCACAGAAGGAUAUCGAACAGAGUAUUAAAUCUGAGACAUCUGGCAGCUUCGAAGAUGCCCUGCUGGCCAUAGUAAAGUGCAUGAGGAACAAAUCUGCGUAUUUUGCUGAGAGGCUUUAUAAAUCUAUGAAGGGCUUGGGCACCGAUGAUGACACCCUUAUCAGAGUGAUGGUUUCUCGAGCGGAGAUUGAUAUGUUGGACAUCCGGGCACACUUCAAGAGGCUCUAUGGAAAGUCUCUGUACUCCUUCAUCAAGGGUGACACAUCUGGAGACUACAGGAAGGUUCUGCUUAUUCUCUGUGGAGGAGAUGAUUAAACUGAAAUCCUGGGAAGAUAAGAGGAUUCCCAAAACCUUGAUAUUUUUUAACUUCAUUUUUCUACACUGCUAUUAGCAUUAUCUCAGAACACUUAUUUCCAAAUUAAAACGCCUACGUUUGCCUUAUAGGCUAUAGACUGUGUUAUUAUUCAUCUAUAAUUAUAACUCAUGAUGCUUGAAAGCUGUACUUGUAUUCAAAGCUUAUAAAACUUAAAAGGAGAUUUAAAAUUAGAAAUAAUAAUGUGCUCCAUGUUUUUAACAGAUCUCUUCCUCAUCUGUGUUUCACAGAAAUUGGGAUAUAUGAAAUGAUUUCAUGUUUUCUUUUUGGUGAAAAUCUAUAAAAGUGGAAGACUGGAAGGCUAUUCUAAAAUCACUUUUCUUUCCUAUUUCUAAAGUGGAUAGUAAUUUCUUAAUUUGAAAUUGUGAGCUUCUAGUUAGUAAGAAUAUCUGUCCAAUUUCCUAUUUCACAUACUCAUAGUUUGAAAGCACCCACAAAUGUUCUUUGUUUAGGUUUUGUUGAUAGCAUUAUUUGAUCUUUACUAUGUUUGAUGUGAAAUACUUCCUCCAUCACAUCUUAUGUUAAGAUCACUUACUCUCUCCAAUUUGAAGUAUACCAAAAUCACCAAGUUGUCUGAACAAAUUAAAUUCUAUAUGUCUGGUUACCAAACAUAAAUGCUGGACAUUCCACAAUAUUUUUGUUAAUGUCUUAAGUCAGUUUGAAGAUGAAUGUAAUGCUCUGCAUUUUACUUAAAUUUUUUUGUGCUAAAAAUAAUUUUUUAAGUCAUUUUGGAUUUUGUCAAUUUGUAUUCAUUUACUUUUGCACUGUGUCUUUCAAAUCUAGAAUUAUUUUGAUUAAAAAGUUCAGUUUGUAUACAUCAUGGAAAAAUAAUUUGAAUAAAACAUGGUGUCUUUAAGAUGAGGUAUACUCUUUAUCCGACUUUA